AAAUUCGAUCAUCUGACCAGAUCGAAUCACUCUUUGAACUGUCCAAGCAUCAGUCCCGCUGAAAACAUAGUCGACCUGCCCAGGAUUUAGCAAAAUCGGUGAUCCGGCCGGUUUAUAUAACUCGGACCGGGUCAUGCUUUAAUUUAAAAAAAAAUUUGAAAACGACGUCGUUUUCAAUUGAGGCACCCAAUGCCCUAAUCUGAUCAGUGAUCAACCUCAAGGCCUCAACGUCUCUCUUCUCUCGAGUCCACUCACCACUGGCCCUCAGUCUCUUUCUCGUCACUCUCUCACCUCUCUCACGGCUGGUGUUGUCGCACUCAAGCUCUCGUCUCCGGUCUCGCUCACUCACUUACUGUCUCGCACUCGAGCUCGUCGUCUCGCGCUCAAGCUCGUCGUGCCGCUCUGUGUCGUCAGUCGCCGGCGGCAGAAGCAGACGGAACCGACAUCUGGUCCCUCGGCUGGUGGUCGUUGUCGUCUUCUUGCUUCGGCCGUCAGUUGGUCCCUGGGCAGAGAGUACGCCUGGCUUCAAGCUUCAAACUCCCGCCAAUAUCCAAGGGUAAAGGUAAGGGCAAGGGCAAGUUUGAAAAGUGUUUGGCAGAGUGGAAGGUUCCAGAAGAGAAGAAUGAGUGCCGUGAACAUCACCAACGUGACGGUGCUAGAUAACCCUGCUUCCUUUCUCACCCCGUUUCAGUUCGAGAUCUCCUACGAGUGUUUGACUCCUCUCAAAGAUGAUUUGGAAUGGAAGCUCAUCUAUGUUGGAUCCGCUGAGGAUGAGACCUAUGACCAAUUAUUAGAGAGUGUCCUUGUUGGUCCGGUCAAUAUUGGAAACUAUCGCUUUGUUUUACAGGCAGAUCCACCAGACCCAUCAAAGAUUCGCGAAGAAGAUAUAAUUGGUGUCACUGUGCUGCUUUUGACAUGCUCUUAUCUGGGUCAAGAAUUCAUUCGUGUUGGCUAUUAUGUGAACAAUGAUUAUGAUGAUGAGCAGCUGAGGGAGGAACCUCCACCAAAUGUCUUAGUUGACAGGGUUCAGAGGAACAUUUUAUCUGACAAACCAAGGGUCACAAAGUUCCCUAUCAAUUUCCACCCUGAGAACAAUGAAAACGAAGAGCAACCCGGUCCAGCUGAGAACCCUUCUGAAACUAGAGAAGAUCCACUUGCUGCCGGUGAUUGUGAUCCCUCAGAUGAGAAGGAUUCUUAACAUUUUGUAGUUAUACAGGCUUUUUCAGUUCCCGGAUCUCCAACUUUACAUUGACCGUGUGUGUGGAUUAAGGUGGCUUUCUAUGAAUCUCUUGUUAAUGUGAAUUAGGUUUGAAUCUUGUUGGAAGUAUACUUGUAACGUGGGGAAACCAGUUUUUGUCCAUGAAGCUUUCCAUGCGAACCCAAUUUCAUUGAUCUUCUCUAUGAUAAAUCAUAUUUUGAUUCGUAGUAUCAAAAAGGUUUCAUUAUUUUUAAGUCA